AUGCUGCCUCAUCGAGUAACACCUCGUCCGCUCCAGCCGGUCUCGCUCGCCGAGCUCGCCGCGCUCGCGCACUCAUCUUCUCUGCCCCCACAAGGCGUCUACAGGGCUAGCAUCCUCUCCGUACGCCCUUGGUCUCCGCACACUCGGCUCGGGCAGGUUACUCUGGGCGGGGUGAUAAGCGGCGAGGCAGGAGAUGCUGUUGUUGUCGAGCUGAAGGGUCUAUGGGCCGACAAGGCCAUGAGGCGGUUUCGCAAGGGAGACAUCGUGAUUCUGCUCGCGAAGGGCGCCGAAUUGAUUGAGAAGAAGGGCAAGAAGCUUGCGGAUGCGGCGGAGAAGGAGUUGGCGGUCAGGGUGCGGUACAGUCAGGGUUUGACGGGCUGGAUCAGGCGAAAGGACGGCACCGAGGAGGUCCUGCGGUACAAAGUCGCUACUCCAAAGCCGGCGCCGACUGUCCCUGCAAAACGACCUCACCCUCUCAAAGCGAUGGACGUCGACUCGCCUCUCCCUCUCCCAACAUCCAGACCUUCCGCCGUAACCCCCGCCUUGACGACCAAAGUCAGUCCGCCAAACGAAGGAGCGCGCGCGAAGAAGCGUCAGCGGCGGGAAGAGAGGCUCGGCUGGGGUUUCGAGCCGGCCGACAAAAUCACCUACACAAGCUUAGACAAGCUCGGCCACAUCGUGGAGAAGACGGACCGCACGAAGCUGCAAGCUCUUCGGGUUAACGUUGUCGGCGUGAUUGUGGAUGCUGGGGAGGGCAAGGCGCCCAGAGUUGAUGGACGAGACUGGUACCGCUCCUUCCUCAUCACCGAUCCGACUCGGCUGGACUCGUCAACUGAGGUGCAGUGGUACGCGAAAGGCGAGGGCGGUCUGCCCGAACCUCGCCUCGGCGAAGUCUUUGUCGCUCGCCAACUCGCCCUCAAGUCCUCCUCUACGCCUGCGAAGCCGAUCCUCCUAGCCGGCUCCUUCUCCCUCAUCCCGCACGCCCUCUGCUCCGCCUCUUCGCUCCUCGCCAAACCGCCCGCGCAAGAUCCCCUUCCUUCGGGCGACGACAUCGCACCCGCUACCAAAACUUCAAAUCGAUGCUGGCGGCUCAAGCUUGGCGAGGAGGAGCUGCAGUACGCAGCGCGCGUCGCGCGGUUCUUCGCUACCCAAGCGAAAGCGUCGACUCCUUCCGCCGCGAAGGGCGCUCCGACGCUUCCGCCUGGCGCGGCGAUCUUGCCGCCUUCGCUCGCAGCUUCCGUGACUGACCAUCUGAAGAAGCGGACGAGCGCAGGCGGGUCAGGCCGCGAGUUGUUACGGAUUGAGCAGAUUGAGGAGGGCAAGUUCUGCGACUUGCUCGGCAUGGUCACCAAGCUCCACUCCGACACCGCGUUGACCUCGCUCUCCCCGAAUCAAGCCGCCAGUCUCUACAUCACCGAUUACACGCCCCACCUUCUCCUGCACGACUACCCCUCCCCCUCACCCGUCGGCCUCCCCUCCCGUCUCACGCUGCAAGUCUCGCUCUUCGGCUCGCAAGCCGCGCCUCUCGCCGCGCUCGUCAAUACAAGAACGGGAGAAGCGACUCGCGGAGCGCUCGUCUUCCUUCGGAACGUGCGGAUCAAGGCGAACGAGUCGGGCGAGCUGGAGGGCACGAUGGUUGAGGAGAAGAAGUUUGCGGGGAGGACGGAUGUCGAGGUUGUGGAUCUGCGGAGGAAGGCGCACGAGGAGCGGUGGGGCGAGCGCGCGAGGCAGGUCCAGCGGAGACAUAGGGAGUAUUGGGCGGCGCAGAGUCUGGCGAGGCAAUGA